AUGUCUUUGAUUCACGCCGACAACUUGGCUCCUCAGCCUAUCACUGAUAUCUUCACCGAUGACACCUGCAUCGACCGCCGCAAGUGCCACCGCACCGUUCCCAUGAAGGUGCUGGCUCUGGGUGUGGGAAGAACCGGAACUGCUUCCCUCCGCAUUGCCCUCGAACGUCUGGGCUACGUCAAGACCUACCACAUGAUGUCCGCCAGUAUGGAGAACCCUCCCGACUGCUUGAUGUGGCACGAUGCUCUCGCUGCCAAGUACGACGGUGUCGGCGAGUUCGGUAGAAAGGAGUGGGAUCAGCUUCUGGGAGACUGCCAGGCCGUCUGUGACUGGCCUGCCUGUGCCUUUGCUAAGGAGCUGAUCGAAGCCUACCCCAACGCCAAGGUCAUUCUGACCACCCGUGAUGUUGAAUCGUGGCAUGCUUCCGUCAUGAAGACCGUUUGGUGGCGUGUCUCCGACCCCGAGCACAAGUUCGUUUCGAACUUCAGCUGGGCCGCUAGCAUGUACUACCCCAUGCUCAACAAGUUCUUCCAGACCUUCUUCCGCGGCGACUUCCCCAACAAGGGCAAGCAGGUCUACCUUGACCACGUUGAGGAGGUCCGCAGCCUCGUUCCUCCUGAGAGGCUCCUCGAGUACAAGAUCGGCGAGGGCUGGGGCCCGCUUUGCGAGUUCCUGGGUGAGGAGGUCCCCGACACUCCUUUCCCCCGCGGUAACGACAUGGCCGACUUCUUCAAGCGCUGCCGCGGCCGCAACAGGCGCCAGAUGCUGAACGCCGCUCUGCAGGCUGUCACUAUGGGUGGUGCUCUGCUGGCGACGGGCUUGGUUGCCACCAUGGCCUUCAAGCGUUUCUCUCGGUAG